CGGCGACGGGAGCGAGAUAGAGCGAACGAGUAGGCCAGCGAGACGAUCACGAUGCACGGAGGCGAGCACAAGCGGCCAGGGGCACAGGGCUGAGGGCUGAGGGCUCGACGGGGCCUCGAGUUACGUUCACGGGCCGGCCGCGGCGCAGCCAGCGAGCGAUGGAGCAGCCCAAGACUCCGGCGUCCCGGCUGUUCAACACGAGCUGCGUCGAGAACAAGGACGAGCUGGAAGAGAAGCUGGAGAGAUGCCACGCGACCUUGCAGAAUCUGACGACGGGACUCUCGGAGAAGGAGGUCCACGACACGUUGAACAAUGCCGUGUGCAAGGACAAGACCCACGAGGAGGUUUCGCUUGGCUUACUGGUGGUUAUCCUGACGGAUCCGCAGAACGCGGCAAAGAGUUACAGAGACUUGACGCUGAUCACACGAGAUGGCUUAGGCAUUGUGCUGCUGCAUCUUAAUCAAUUAGUACUAGAUAAAUAUUUGAGAUUAAAUGACGUCACCAGGAGCCAAUUACUGUGGUUGCUAAGGGAAAUGAUAAGGACUAGUGUAACUAAUGUGGAUAAUCUUUGUUUGAGUUUGUUGAGGCAUGCAGCAGGCGGGGACAUUUCCCCGAGGAACUUGUUCCUGGUUGACGCCCUCUUAGACAUUUUUCAAGAGAACCGACCGUGGUUGGACAAAUUUCCGUUUUUAGUAGCGUCAAUUGUGUACACGUAUUUACGGUUAAUAGAAGACCACAAUGCACCUCAUCUGGCUGGCUUGCGGCAAAAGGAAGUGACCUUCACAGUAUCUCUGAUAAGGGAACGAAUGGCGGACUGCCUAGCCAUUGGAAGAGACCUGGUUCGCCUGCUGCAGAACGUCGCGCGAAUAACCGAGUUUGAGGCGCUCUGGAAGGACGUGCUGCUCAAUCCGAAAAAUCUCUGUCCAAACUUCAGUGGGGUUCUUCAAUUGUUACAAACCAGAACCUCCCGGAGGUUCCUGCAGUCCCGCCUGACGCCGGAAAUGGAGAGGAAGCUCGUGUUCCUCACGAGCAACGUCCGCUUCGGCAAUCACAAGCGCUAUCAGGAUUGGUUUCAGAGGCAAUACUUGGCAACACCCGAAUCUCAGUCGUUAAGGUGCGAUCUUAUUCGCUUCAUCGUCGGGGUCAUACACCCCACGAAUGAACUGCUGUGCUCCGACAUUAUUCCGCGAUGGGCAGUAAUAGGCUGGUUAUUCACAACGUGCACUUCCACCGUGGCCGCCAGCAACGCGAAGCUGGCUCUGUUCUACGACUGGCUGUUCUUCGAGCCCGACAAAGACAACAUUAUGAAUAUCGAGCCAGCGAUUCUUGUUAUGCACAAUUCAAUGAGGUCUCAUCCACCAGUCACUGCCACACUUCUAGACUUUUUAUGCAGAAUAAUACCGAACUUUUAUCCUGCGCUAACGGACAAAGUGAGAAAUGGCAUAUUUUCAUCGUUGCGACAAAUUUUGGAAAAACGCGUUUUACCUAGCCUAUAUCCGUUAUUCGAUAGCCCGAAACUGGACCGAGAAUUGAGGAGCAAGAUACGGGAAACUUUCAAAGAAUUCUGUCUGCCGCCAAAUACCGAGUCCGCAGGUAAUAAGGUUCUGAAAUAUUCAGGUAAAAUGGAAGAGCUCAACAAGGAGCACAAUCCAGGGAGUAUAAUAGAGAAUACAACCAAUUCUACCGUGGAGAAUAACCACGUGGCUCAGGAUCCGGAACCAGCGUUCAGUGACGAAGAAGAGGAGUCUCCUCUCAGAAUAGUGACGAAAGUGGAAGACGAGGAGGACGAGGAGGACGUACCGUUGUCUACGGUAAAAUUGAAAAACGAGCAAAGGAACGCGAACUGCGUCGUGAAGAAGGAGGAUAUCACGUCGCACUUGCGUCUUAUACUUGAGCCGGAGGAGCUGCGAACUAGCAUAGAAACAUUGCACACGGAGACCGACAAUGAGUCGAGGUGCCAAGCGAUGGAAAGGAUAGUACAAAUGGUCGUCGAGGACGAGAUAGAUGCGGAGACGAUACCCCCGUUAGCGUCCUGCAUAUCAACUAUCUUAUCGCCGCAGAUCACGGCGCAGAUCUUUCCGUCGGAUAAUCUGAACGAGGAAGUGCUGGCUGAUAGUAUAAGCACGCCGUUGUUUGUUAUGUUUCGAAAUCAAUUUCAAUUGUGCAAGGAAGAGGAUAACAGGCGGAAGCUCUUGGCCAGGGUGCUGGCGGAAAUGCAGUCGGUUCAAUCCAAGAUAGGUUAUCUCCUUCUUUAUUUCCUAAAAGUCUGGGGCAGAGAAGAGGGAAAGAGAGAAGGCGAACCGAGCAAUGUUCUGAACGAUGUCAAAGCAUCGGUAUACAAGGAUUUUUGCGGGCAGCGGGAAAAAAAAUUGGACGCCUGUCUGGUAUCAGAUUUAAAGCUUUGCCACGAGGAUAACAUAUUCAUGCUGUGUUACCUCGUGCCCGACGUGUACACAGGAUUUCAAAAUGUCGCUCUGGGAAAUGUUCAACUUUUACAUCUGGUCGUGUCCACUGUAGACUCGUGUCAGUUACAGGAUCUAGUUUGUCAGAUAAUGCAGGGCCAUUUAAAAAUGUUGAAGAAGGAGUCGUUCACCACGCUAUUGACAGCCAGCUUAAAUUGGGAGACAUUCGAGCAGUACUGUUUCUGGCAGCUGAUAUUCGCACACGAUUUCCCCAUCGAUUACGUGUUGCCGGUUUUGCCGAAAUUACAGUUUCGUAAUCACGCGGAGGCGCUUACUUCAAUCUUGUUUAUGCUUAAGCAAGAAAAGCCGACGUUGGAUCUUCUACGACAACUACUCGCCCGGCAAAGCGUCGACGGCGAUAUGUUUGUCGUGACUACACUACGUUACUGGUGUCGCGAGUAUGAAGAAAAACUCGGCGAACUGCUCGCGAAUUUACUUAGCACCCGUUAUCCCGCGACCAGCCCGAACAAACGGAAACGUUCUGGAGCCAAGCAAAAUCAACAGUCCGGCCCACCUACCGGCGAACAGGUUCUCGGCCAUUUGGACCAAUUACGCCAAAACUGUAUAUCCUCCGCGGAACUACAGUUGUUUCAUUCGGAAGGAAUGCAAAGGGCAUUACAGCAGGCGCAGGCGGCGGGUAGCGACUCGCUGAGGAAAAGCUAUGGCGAUCUCUUUGCGCUUGCGGAAGUCAAUGAGGAGAAUGAACCACCGCCGCCGAGUAGUUCCGCGAGGAAACAUACUACUGCCUCCGGAGGAGGUGGCGGAGGCAGUGGUAAAGGCGGCCACAGGAAAACUGGUGCUAACACGAGAGAAAGAUCCAAUGUGAAGAGACCACUUCCGCGAUAUCAUAUUGAUAGUUCUUCUAGUACCGAGGGAGAGGAAGUCGUGAGUACAAAGCAAGCGAAGAAAAGGAAAAAGAUCAAUCCAGUGGGCUCGGACAGCGACUGACCACCCAGUGUCUUCAUACGUCACAUGGACCACGUCACGUGUGUGCAGCAAGCUAAACUAGCCUUAAGAAUAGUAAGAUAAUAUGAUGUGUAUAUAUAUAUAUAAUUAUAAAAAAUAUAUAUAUAUAUAUAUAUACAUAUAUAUAUAGAUUUAUUUAGCGCAACUUUGUAAAUAUAAUGUACGUUAAGGAUGAAUGCGGAAAGGUAUACAUAAUAUAGGAAAGUAAAACUAAUGUUUCAUAUACAUGUUGCUCAGAGCAACAGCAAAAUUGCCAGACUCUGAUCGUUAUUGUUAAAAUAUUUUGUUAAAAAUUGAAAAUCGGCGUGUGAGGACUACUUAAUCGUAUUGCUAAAUACGAUCUCUUGUUUUAAACGCGUUUUUUACAGCGACGAGUACUAUUUAGCGCAACUAGUUAAUGCUUUUUCUGAUAAACUUGCAUGACAGAUACAAGUGACCAAGCGGUAUGUCAAUUAUUCUACUUUCCUGUACUCCAUAUUCUUCUUGAUAUGUAUAUCAGGCUACCGCUCAUGUCUGUCAAAUAGUUGUAAAUCACAGGACUGUCGUGAAAUUGUUAAAGACAGUUUCUUCACCAGUCAUCAAAUAUGACGUCGAGAGUGAGAAAUCAUGAAUUUUAUCUGGUACAUCAAAAGUAAUUUUCUUGCGUUAUAUAUAUUUGAUAGUAUAAAUUAUAUCGCAUUUCCUUUUAAUUUGUAAAUUAACAAAUGAUGUAAAUAUUUACAAAUCAUAUGAAUGCUUGCAAAUUGAAUUGUAAAUGUAUAUGUAUUUAUUGAUGCAAGAAAAUGGUAAAAUAUGUUUUCGAUAUUAUUUGUAAUGUAUAUUUUACAUUUGGAUGUAUGUACUUGUAUAUAUAUGUGUGUAUAUAUGAAUU